UCUCUAGUCUCUGCUCUCCGCCUCUCUCUAGUCUCCAGUCUCCAGUCUCCACUGUUCAGUCUGUUCUCAUCUGCUCAACAGAAAACAGCUCAAGGCUCAAGCAAGGCAGCAAGCUUGAAGCUCCUCCGCCUGGACCGCCUCAGCCUCUCUCUGAUCCUCUGCUCUCCGCCUCGCUCAAGUCUCAACUGCUCACCUCACCGUAUCAGGUUCUGAGGUUCAGGAAUCAGAAGCUGAUUUUGGCCAUGGACGAUCAAUCUUCUGAUGUAGAUGGUCUUGUGGAUGCUCUUAAUGAGUUACUAAAUAUCCAAGAUGUUCAAGAGUUGGAAUUAGCAUCUGCUAAUGUAGAAGCUCUUGUGGAUACUCUCAAUUCACUAGAUAUUCAAGAGUCGAAAUAUGCAUCUUCAGAUGUUGAAAAGUUGGAAUCCUCAUUUGAAAAGAAAGGUGAGUUACUUGCUUCAUGGUCAGAACUUCCUCCAGAACUUCUCUAUCAAGUGUCAGAACAUUUCCUUGAUCUAGACCUAAGUAACUUUCGUGCCACAUGCAAAUCAUGGCGUUCAAGUGCUCCAAUUUUUCGGUGUCGGACCUUAUUGGAUACCCCAGAUUUUGAAUCUCCAUAUAAUUUGAUGAGUUUGGGUGUGCUUGGCAACAAAUGUAGGUUUUUUCACCCAUUAAAAUGUAAUGGCACUUAUCAAGAGGACAUUCCAGUAUUGUUGGGGGCACGUCUCCACUACUCAAAGGAGGGCUGGCUGCUUUUAUCGGCAGAUGACAGACGUGGAGAUUGCCAUUUCUUUUUCUUCCAUCCCAUCAAUAUGAUAAAAAUUGAACUUCCAAGUAAUCCCUAUUCAUUUCAUACAAUGAGUUUUUCCUCACCACCAACUUCAAAAGAUUGUUUUGUUAUUGGAAUCCCAUUUUGGGGAAAUGAAUUUGGUAUCGUUAGACGUGGUGAAGAGAGUUGGAACAUUUUCAGAUUCAAACGGUCUCUUCCUAAAUGCAUUCUUUUAUCAAACUGCAAUCCCAUAUUAUACAAAGGGCGAUGCUACUGUUUGUGCGAGAGUGGUGAGUUGGGAGUAUUUGAUCUUAAUGAAUACUUGAGAAAUCCUGAAUGCCAAAACUCGUUUCAUUGGACUCAUAUUGUUCCUAGUGAAUUUCCAGAAGAGUUGCUUGAUUCAGUUGUACAAGGUUACUUGUUGGAAAGCAAUGGGCAGUUGUUUUCAGUGUUUGAGUUGAGUGAUUAUGCUCCAUGUUUUCAUGUUUUCUCAUUGAACCCAAACAAGUCUCGGAUGAAAUGGCAUGCAGUAAAAAACCUGAGAGAUCAAAUGUUCUAUGUAAGUACUGCGGGUUCUUUUUCAGAAACGGCUGUGGCGAGAGGAGCUGGCAAUAAUAUUUACCUACCGAAUGUCCAAGACAACAGAUGUGUAUUCUACUCUCUUAAAAAGAAGAUGUGCGGCUCAUUUUUCAGUGAGUACUCAACCCGUACUGCAACCCAUGGGAAGGAACAUACCAACUGCACUUGGAUUAAACGCACGCCUGCAACUUUGGAUGAAAACUUCAACUGGUGACACAUAAUUUGAGAGGAUCUAAUUGUUUUGCUUUCGAUGGCAACUUUUGAAAGAACGUAUUAAUUGUUUUACAUAAUUUUUUUUUUUUUUCAU